AUGCUCUAUAACGCCACGGUCAUCCUGUCAGUGGAUUUCAACAGUCCGGAAGACUUCCUCAUCUUCACCUUCCACAUUGUUUUCGCCACGUGUGCCGUGCUUGUAGCCGGCUCGGUGAUCAUCGGGAUCACCUCCACUCCAUAUCUUCGAGCCCAGAACCGCUUCGUGUUCAUGCUGAACACGAGCAUCAGCGACACUCUGACCGGCUUCUCCGUCUACUAUCUGGGGCUCUUUGACGUCCAAGAGGGCUAUCCCUCGAGGAAUGGGACAUACUACAUUUUGCCAUCUUUUUUAGGUGUCAAUGUGUUAACCUUCCUCUUUGCUCAGUUUGACCGCUACUUUGCCGUUUGCCAUCCGUUCUUUUACAGUCGCUACAUAACGAGAUCUGUUGUCAUUGUAAUCUGUGCUUUCUGCUGGAUUUACACAUACUUGAUUCUCACUGUGCAGAACUUGGUGCCCGUCUCAAAGGCGGCUCAAAUAAACGCGUUUGGUGUGAUGACUCUACAGGUUAUAGUGCUCGUUAAAGUGCUCAUGACAAUUAAACUGUACAUCAUAGCCAGGAGUCACGUUGUGAGAGAGGCGCCUAGUGCCGAGAGAGACAACAAGAAGGAAUCACUGCGCAUCAUUGUGUUUGUGGUUAUCUGCUUCUUGGCGCUGUGGUGUCCCUCGUUUGUCAAUAUCAUUGUGAGGCAGUUGACUAGAGAAGGUCUCAGGUUUAGGAAUGAAGCCACUAACGUGUUCGCCACGAUGGCACGCUUAAACGCGCUGGUAACCCCUGCGGUGUACAUCUGGGGCAGCCCUGCGCUUCGGAGGGCCGUGUGGAGAACGGUGUGGUGGAUGUUCUGUCCCAGGCGCAGUGCAAGGUAA